GCAGGAAACGAAGAAGAAGAAGAAGAAGAAGAAGAAAGAACAAGGGUUUAACUUUAAGCUCUUCAAUAUUUCCACGGGUGCGUUAAUUAUUACUGCUUAACUAGUAAGUUUUUGGCCAUUCAAGUUCAAGUCUUUUUGCCAUUUACGUUGCAUAAUCUGGGGUUCGCCAUCUUCACUUUAACUCAGGCACAAAUGACAAAAUUGGUUUGUGCUGUAAGCUGUGGAGUGAGCAAAUCAGUGACACUAAUUUCUGGUACAUAUAGUUCAAUUAGGUGUGAAUAAUGAGUUCAAUACCAUCUAAGAACAUAUGGAUAAAGAGGCAGCAAUGCCCUUGUGGGGAUUGGAAAUGUUACUUGAUAUAUGAAGGACAUGCUGAGGAAACAUCCAUAGCAUCCCAAUUGGCUAAAGAUGAAACUGCUCAGUCUGAAGCUAUGGUUGCUCCUUAUGUUGGGAUGGUGUUUAAGAGUGAUGAUGAUGCCUUUGAGUAUUAUGGGAAUUUUGCUAGGAAAAAUGGGUUCUCAAUUAGGAAAGAGAGAUCCAGAUUGAGUCCCCAACUGGGGAUUUAUAAACGUGAUUUUGUUUGUUAUCGUUCUGGUUUUGCACCUGUGAGGAAAAAGCCGUCUGGGGAGCACCAUAGAGACAGGAAAUCUGUGCGGUGCGGAUGUGAUGCAAAGAUGUAUCUGUCAAAAGAAGUAAUUGAUGGGGUUUCUCAGUGGUUUGUUGUGCAAUUCAGUAAUGUUCAUAAUCAUGAGCUUUUGGAAGAUGACCAAGUUCGUCUCCUGCCUGCGUAUAGGAAAAUUCAGGAGGCAGAUCAAGAGAGAAUUCUCUUGCUUUCCAAAGCUGGGUUCCCUAUACAUAGAAUAGUUAAGGUGCUGGAGUUGGAAAAGGGGAUUCAAGGUGGGCAAUUGCCUUUUCUGGAGAGGGAUGUGAGGAAUUUUGUUCAAAACCGCAAGAAAGUGGUUCAAGAAAAUGACGCUUUGCUCACUGAGAAAAGAGAAAAUGAUACAUUGGAACUUCUUGAGGCAUGCAAGGCUACAAAGGAGGCAGAUGAAAACUUCCUGUAUGGUUUUUCAGUAGAUGAGAAUGAUAAGGUUGAGAAUAUUGCAUGGUCAUAUGGUGAAUCGGUUUCUGCAAAUGCCAUGUUUGGUGAUGUGGUUUAUUUUGACACUACUUAUCGAUCAAUUACUUAUGGUAUGCUUUUUGGGGCAUGGCUUGGAAUUGACAGCCAUGGCAGACCAAUUUUCUUUGGUUGUGUCUUAUUGCAGGAUGAAACACCCCGGUCUUUUGCAUGGGCUUUACAGACUUUUAUUCGCUUUAUGAAAGGAAGGUGCCCGGAGACAAUUGUAACUGAUCUUGAUCCAGGGCUAAGAGAUGCCAUAAGAAGUGAACUGCCAAGCACCAAACAUGUUACCUCCAUAUGGAACAUUCUACCCAAGGUAUCUAGUUGGUUCUCUCUUCAACUUGGAUCUCAAUAUCCAGAAUUUAAAUCAGAGUUUGAUGCAUUGUAUCGUGUGGAGACUACAGAGGACUUUGAGAUGCGAUGGAAUCAACUCAUUUCAAUGUUUGGGCUUAGUUCAGAUAAACAUAUUGCAUUACUCUACUCUAUCCGAACAUCUUGGGCACUAUCUUAUGUGAGAGGCUACUUUUUGGCUCAGAUGGCAACAUCAGCCUAUUUAAAGUCUGUAGAUGCAUUCUUGAAAGGACUGUUGAGUGCACAAACGUGUUUACGUAGCUUCUUUGAGCAGGUUAGUGCAUCAGCCAAUAUUCAGAAUCAGUCACAUCAAGAGAUGCAGUGUAUGCAUCUGAAAACAUGCAUACCAAUUGAACAGCAUUCACGUAGAAUUAUGACACCAUUUGCCUUCAAUGCUUUACAACGUGAAUUGGUUCUAAGUAUGCAGUAUGCUGCAUCAGAAAUGUCUGAUGGAUCUUAUCUUGUUCGCCAUUUCAAGAAGAUGGAUGGUGAGUGCCUUGUUAUAUGGAUUCUGGAAGAUGAGCAGAUUCACUGUUCGUGCAAGGAAUUUGAAUCUUCAGGAAUAUUAUGCAGACACACUCUUCGUGUAUUCAUAGAUAAGAACUACUUCCAGCUUCCUGACAAAUAUUUUCUUGGUAGAUGGAGAAGAGAAAGCUCUCUGGUAUUCUAUGAUGAUCAUGCUACUCAGGAUAAUGAAAAUGAUGAAUGGUUUGAGGAAUUUCAGUCCCUAACUGAAACUCUUUUCAUGGAAUCAUCAAUUACGAAAGAGCGUUCGGCAUAUAUUCGUAGAGAACUGACCAAAGAACUCACAAGACUACUCAGUGAGGUUAAAGAUAUGCCAGAGAGUGAUGGAGUUUCCAUGGAUUUUACAUUUUCCCCAACUGGUUAAGUUUAGUGUAGUUGAAGAUGUGCAUGGUAGCAGCACAAUGGGUGCUUCAUCAAUGAAACAUGAAAGAAAGUAAUGGCAAGUUAAAGUACGCCUGGAAGGUGAUAAAUGGGACAGAUGCAAAUGCAUUCAGUAUUCUACCUUCAAGCAGAUGAAAUAUUACUCCGAGCAGAAGUGACAGUCAAUAUUGAGAUACCACAGAGCAUAUUGUCAAAUGGUUGCUGAUUUCACAAGUUAUCGUGGUUUCUUCAGGAAUAACUUCUAGGCAUCUCAAGGGAAUUUGGACUGAAAGGAUGUAACGUUACAUAAGGUGUUUUUACCGUGUAAAUUUUAUUAAUGUUUUCUUCACCACCACUCCACGCAUUUUGGAAUAGUGAAGCAAAGUAAUGUCUUAACAUGCUCUGCUGUAUCCUUCUUUUUCCUUCUUGUUUGCUUUCUCGAUAUCAUGAUGAAAGAAUGGGUUUUGUUUCAUAUUUUCAUUUCAUGUGCUGAGGGAUUCUGGGUUCUUGCCUUGCCUUUUAUAUCUUGAUAUUUUCAUUUAAUAGCAUAUGACAGAAAAUAGGCAAUAAGACAUACACUUACAAUAUGUUAUAUCAACGAAGAUUGAGAGAGGAACUAUUUUGGAACUUAUUGUUUGAGAGAUUGUAAUUUGCAAUCUUGCUGCUGCAAAAUCUGCAUCAUGUCCCAUGCAGAGCUUGGGGUGAAGACUACUGUAGAUCUAGGUUUGUUAUCUAUUGAUGCUGAUCGAUAAGUCAUUCUCUUUCUCGAGGCUCCGUCUUGAACCCUUGGUGGGAUUUAACAUGAAUUAAAUCAUUUCUGGUUUGAGUGUUUCAAGUUGAGAGAUAGCCCUCAGGUGGUAUUUGCUAGACGCACAUUAACAUGCCUGGUGCAUCUCUCAAGGUGGUAGAUAAGUAUUACUAAAUUAUACCAUUUUGGUCCUCUCAAAAUAAUUUAGUCUUUCAAAAGUAAUUUGUUUCCUAGAUUGUUUGUUGAACUGCUCCUUGGUACAAUUAUUGACAAUUAUUUGGGGACUGACUAUUUUGUCUUAACCUGGAGACAGAUGGAACUGGGUUCUUUAAGUUGCAGUGCUUCUCAUCAAUCCUCACCACUCAGCAAUCCCUUCUAGAUCUCUCCCUGGAAACAGAUCUGCCCUUUCAGUUUAAGCAACCACAUCAUGGAGGCAGAUGGAUAAGCUUAACUUGGGAUGAUGAUAUGGCGGUCACCAUCUAGGAUGUUCAGCUCCAAGGAAAUGGAAGCACGUGGAAAGUUGUUUUUGUGAUCUUUUGGUUGUCUACACUAGGAAUGAUGGGUUAAAGGAUCUUACAGGAAAUGAAGGGGUUGAUUAAGG